CAAAGCUAAUGAUGUGACAUACUUAGACAACAGUACCUUGUACAUUUAAUUACGAAUCAGUCGUUUGAUACAAUGAAAAAAUUUCUGUUUAGGGCGUACAUUGUUUCACUUCCUGUGCAACAGUACCGUGACAAUCGGCAGAGACCCAAAAUGUGACAUCGUAGUCGCCGACGGUGCCGUCAGCCGUACACACGGUAUUUUUCAAGUGUCGUUUUCUGCAGAAAAAUUGCAUGAUGCAUCUGCGCCUCCCGUUGUCACCUUCACGGACACUUCUAGUUUCGGGACCUUCGUCGACGAAAAGAGGCUGGAAAGAGAUGUUGCCUCUCGCGUCGAGGCUUUUAAAAAAUUCCGCAUUGGGACCACGUUUCUGCAGCUCGCCUAUGAACCGAUGGACGUGCUUUGUAGCUGCGUAAAUGCCAGCGACAGGUUGGAGCUGGAGCAGUCACUUAUCACCCUAGGAGGUCAUUUGAUCGAUGAUAUGUCACUUCAGAUCAGCCAUCUGUGCAUGUCUACGGUUAAGAUAACGUCAAAGGCGAUAUUUGCGCUCAUUGAAGCCAGGCCUAUCGUUAAUGUGAAUUAUUUUAAAGAACUUGUGAGCUGGACGAAACUUCAAGCCGCACACGACUCUCCUCCGGAUCCUCAAGGGUAAGG